CCGCUCUUAUAUUUUCUAAGUCCAGUAAAGUAUCAUUUGUCCUGCCGGAGAGUCGCGUGUCACAGCAUGACGAGUCUGACUCAGUUGUAUUCCGAUUUAAAUAAAUUAAAGCAAAGCCAAGAUUAUGAACGGGGGAUUAAAGUAGCCAACAAAAUCAUCCAUGAAAACAAUGGAGAAACGUUGGCAUUCCACUGUAAAAUGGUAUGCCUUAUCAAUCUCGGGCGUUUCGAUGAGGUGAUGAUAGCCAUGAAGAAGUACCCAUCUCUAUCGAAUGACCUGAAAUUUGAGAAGGCCUACUGUGAAUACAGGUUAAACAGGACGAAUGAAGCCCUCAGGACAUUGAGAGAAGUUACCAACCCAUGCCUUCGAACUCAAGAACUUCUAGCUCAAGUUCUCUACCGCCUGGAACAGUACGAGGAAUGUCUUACUCUCUAUAAACAGUUGAUCAAGAAUUCAGAGGAUGAAUUUGACGAAGAAAGACAGACUAAUUUAGCUGCAGUGCUCAGCUCUCUUCAGAUGUGGAAUAAAAAACAAGUGGAGGACCCAGGCUUGAAAGAUCUUUCCUAUGAACUUUGUUACAACAAAGCCUGUCUCAUGAUUGGUCAAAAUAAAUUCAAAGAUGCAGAAGAGAAAUUAGAGAAGGCUGAAGUUGUUUGUCGGAGAAGUUUUGAAGAUGAUCCUGAAUCUACUGAAGAAGACAUCAAUGAAGAAGUUGCUGUGCUAAGAACCCAGUUAGCGUACGUUUUACAGAAGCAGGGACGACCUGAAGAAGCCCUCCAAAUAUACAACCAGGUCCUCAAAACUAAACCUUCUGAUAUAGGUGUCACUGCUGUUGCAUCCAACAACAUCGUCACUUUGAAUAAGGAACAGAAUGUUUUUGAUUCCAAGAAGAAAAUCAAAGCUGCCACCUCAGGGAGUGUGCACCAGAAGCUGAUGUCUAUGCAGCAACGGAAAAUCAAAAUGAACCAAGGAUUGCUUUAUAUGUACACCAAUCAAAGCGACCAAGUACGCAAUGUCGUCAAAGAACUUCAGGACAAGUUCUCCGAUGCCAGCUCUGCUGUUCUCAUCGAAGUGGCACAACACGUUCGGGACAAGCAUGUUCCAAAAGCCAUCGAAGUUCUCAAGAAUUACAUUGCUAAAGAUUCCGAUGAUGAGAGGAUUAAGCUGAUAUUAUCUCAGCUCUACCUAAGCCAGGGAAGUGUGUUCCAGGCAUGCGAUGUACUCAAGUCUAUAGAAACGUUACGCAACAAACCAGCUGUGGUCGGUGUAUUGGUGUCGUUGUAUGUGAGUCAGGAAGAUGUGCAAUCAGCAUCGAAGACCCUCAAUGAUGCUGUCAGUUGGCACAAACAGAACAUGCCAAACAGUCCUGAACUAAUGGUGCUGAUGAAGGCCAAUGCCAAGUUCCAAAUGAAACAUGGCGACCCACAGCAAGCAGCCUCUCUUCUUGAAGAAAUAUCUAAGAAAAACCCAAAGGAUUCCCACAUUUUGGCACAGUUGUUCUCUGCUUAUUCACUCUUUGACUCAAAGAAAGCUGAACAAAUCAGCCACCAGUUACCAUCAGUCGAUGAGAUUAUCUCUGGAGUUGAUGUUGAUGAGUUGGAAAAGUCUUUUAGCUCCAUGGCACCAAAAUAUCUGAAGAGAAUACAGAAGACAGAACCAUCACCUUCAUCAGAUGGGGUCUUGUUGAUAAAGACCAAGAAGAAAAAGAAGAAGAAGAAAGGUAAGUCUUUGCUUUACUGUUCUUUGUUUCUCUUUAACGGGUUACGAAAGUGUUAG